ACUAUGACAUUUCAGUCCAACGUGAUGUCGCGAAUCAGCUGAUUGUGUUUAGUUUGUCUUCCACAAUAACAAUUAAUCUUAGAAUAAAAUAUAUUGUAAAUAAAUUUUAACAAUGAAUUUUAAUUAAAUUAAGUACCUGUCAGAAUAUUCUUAAGUGCCAAAAAAUUACGAUAAUGGAGUUUACUAGGAGCUUCUGGGUACAAAGUUGCAGCUCAGGAAGACGAGGAGUGUGUUCAACAGUAAUAAUCCUUGGAUUACUGAUAAGCUCGGCAUUGCUGGCCUACACCGCGUUUGGACCCAAGAAAGACAAUCGUUCUAUCCGCCAGAUAGCUAUUAUUUUUAGGCAUGGAGAUAGAAAUCCUACAGAGACUUAUCCGAAUGAUCCGUAUUUGGACUACAGCUGGGAAGACGGCUGGGGAGCUUUGACCAAGGAAGGUAUGAUGCAACUGUACGAACUUGGAGAUUGGAUAAGAUCAGAGUACGACCAGAUAAUUGGUGCCAAAUAUGACUCUUCAUCAGCUUUCAUCCGCAGCAGUUACGCAGACCGCUGUAUAAUGUCUGCUCAAGCUCUCUUGGCAGCUUUGUACCGUCCCGAACCUGGAGACAAUUUUAUUGAAAACUUGCCAUGGAGACCAGUGCCUGUACAUUCCAUUCCUAGGGAUUUUGAUAAGUUAAUUACUGUGAAGUAUCGGUGUCCGAAGUUAGAGUACGCAUUAAAAGAAGCCUAUGUUAAUGAAUCUAUUAAAACCGGCAAGCAAAUAGCUUCUUAUUUUAAUGAAUUGUCUUAUUAUACUGGAAAAAAAAUAUCUACUAUCACUGAUGUUGAGUUUUUGUAUAAUACUCUUGAAAUUGAGGCAAAUCAUGGGUUAGAGUUACCAGAAUGGACUAAAAAAUUUUACAAUGAAGAAAUGAGAAGAAUAGCAGCACGUUCAUUGGCUCUCUUCACGAGUAAUACCUUACAACAGCGGCUUCGCGGUGGACCAUUAUUGAAAGAAAUAACCAACAACAUGAUGUCUGCGCGAAACGGUCACGAUAAGAUAAAAUUAUAUUUAUACUCGGCACAUGAUAUCACCUUGGUUAAUGUUUUACGCGCUAUGGGAUUUACUAAUGAAUUAUUCAAGCCAGAUUAUGGCGCGGCGUUAAUUUUUGAACUUGUUCUCUCAGAGUACGUCGAAGAAAAUAAUCUCGAGCUCAAUGUCAAAGUUAAAUAUUUGAACAACACUGAAAUUUAUGAACCGACGACGUUAGAGAUACCUCACUGCAAAGAGCCGUGUAAAUUAGUGGAUUUAUUACGGGUUUGGAAAGAUGUUUUGCCCGUCGACUGGGAUUCCGACUUACGCUGUUGGAUUAUUGACUUUUGGAGUUGUUUUAUCAAGCGAUUUAAAAGUUUACUCACUGAUAAUCCGGCGGGUGUGUCAACAACAAACUCUAAAAUAAAAUCUCAGGAGAAAUUAAUCGAAUUUAAUCCGUGCUUAAGAAGAAGAAAGCGAAAAAAAUUAAAAAAUUAUCAAGCUAAAAUAGUUAACAAAUAUCAAGAGACUGUUGUCACUAUUUCUCAUCGCAGUGAUACCGAUUUUUCAAAACUUGCAAAAGAUAAAUUAAUUAUGAAGAAAGAUAGUGAAUUUAUUGAUAAAAUUCCGAGGAUUAAAUCUUCUGAGAAGAAAUUAGAAAAUAAAUCAGAGUCACUUUUUAAUUUAGAAAAACGCAAGUACUCUAAUUGUGACACUGUUGAAGUUAAAUGGCUCCCCGGGCCUUUUUUUGACCGAUCUCAAUCCGAGUCUAAUUUUUCGAUGAGAAAUUUUGAAGAUUUAAAGAAAAUUAAUGAAAUUAAUAAAUUAAAUAAAUUAAUUAAGAAGCGCAGGGGCUCAAAAAUUCCCAGGUUGAAAAAAAAUGAAAAAGCUUGUCUAAAAUGCAGUAAUUAAUUUUAGAAAUAAAUUUUAUUUCAUUAAAUUAG